AUGCACCAAAAAUAAAAUUUUGAACCUUUAGAUCGAAUAGCAGAUAUUGAAUCAAAAGUACUGAUGCAUAAAGUAAGCAUUUUUAAUACUUUUAAUUUAUAUAUAAAGUUAAUCAAAUAACAUUAUUUUUAUUUCCAUUAAUUGAAGAUUUUGGAAAAUAAUUGUAUCAAUUGUUUUAAUUGGUUGAUUCAUUUUGGUUUACUAACUUUCUAAAUGAUUAAAAUAUCAGAACUAAUAUAUUAUUACAACAUUAUUUAAUUGUAAAGUUGCUUAAAAAUUGUGGAUGAAAAUUAAUAAUCUCUGCCUAUUAAAAUAAUCAGUUCAGAUUUUAUUAAAAAUAAUGGAAGUUAAGGUGUUGCUAUUUAAUCUAAUAGUCCAAUAAUAUUUAGAAUUGUAAAAUAAUUUCCAACAUUGCCAGCUUUAGAGGAGGUGGAUUUAUUUGAAACUGAAAAGUGACUAAUUUAUAAUAAAAUAUUCUAUAAUUGUUGGGAAUAAAAGCAAAAGAAGGUGGAGGAAUAUAAUUUAAUGGAUACAGUAAUUUAAAUCAAAAUAAUUUUAUUUAAACAUAUUUAUUCUGUAAUUAUGCUUCUGAUUGUGCUAAUAAUGUAGUUGAAAGUCCAACCCAUUUGGCAUUAUUAAUAAAUUACUUAGAAAUUAAAGUAGAUAAUGCAUAAUUUCAAAAAAUUUAAACUAAUAUUUUAAGGAUUUUUCCUUACUUGACUAUAGAACAAGAGGUUAAAAUUAAAACUGCAUAUCUAAUGAUUCCUAUUGGCUAAGCAACCUAGGGGUAAUCUAUUUAUUCCUAGAAAAUCAUAAACUUAUAGAUAGAUUAAACAAAUAGAAUGAAUAUAUAAAAAUAAUUUAAAUGA